AUGCGCAGAACCCCGCAACAGGCCGGCGAUGACCUGAUCUCGUUUUUUGAGACCAUGGUGUUACCCCUGCGAAAAAAACUUCUGAAUAAGGACAUACCAGAAAUAGAGUUCCUGGACGAUCAGGUGACUAUCGCCAUCCCCACCAAUCACCGACCAGAGGAACUGCAGGAGUUGCUCGAGAGCCUGUUACGGCAAGACUACCUAGGCUUCAG